UCUUCAUGGGAGCAGGAAGGACGCACACUCUUCUCUCACUUCGGAUUCGGACCUCAGCUUCAGCAGCGCGCUGCUCCUCAUUGGAGGAGGAAUUAUUAUUAGGAAUUAUGUUUGCUUCAAUGUGGUCAUUAUGAGGAACUAUCCAGUCUUGUUUCGUACUUAGGAACAGAAACAGGAUGCCGUCUUAGUUAAUAACUUUUUGAAGGAGAGUUGUUUUUUUUGGCAUUUUUUUUUUUGUUUAAAAACACUCAAAGUUCCUACACCCCUCAAAUGGAGCGCACCGGCUUAGCUGUGGUGAUGUUUUUAGCGGUUGCGCUGAUAAGUGAUGCCCACGCGGACUCGACAGGUGGGAGGAAAGAAGCCGCGAUCUGGGACCCCUCACAUGAUGCCGGUGAAAGCCCGCCGGAGAGCACCCAUGGCCGGCUCUCCAGGAGCACGGCGCCGCAGGGCGAUGGCGGCAGCAGGGCUGCUCUACCUAAAGCAGGUGCCGCGGAACUCCACUCUGCCCGGAGGACGACCGGCAGACACCCGAGCAGCCUGACCCCCACCCAGACCAGGACCAGAGUGAACCGUAGGCAGAGCAGCAAGUCCAGCAGCAGCACGAGACGACUUGUUGGGCCUAACGUGUGCGGAGGUCAGCAGUGCUGCUCCGGCUGGGCUGUGGCACCGGGAACCAAUCGCUGCAUCAAACCUGACUGCCAGCCGCCCUGCCAGAACCGCGGUUCCUGCAGCCGCCCGCAUACCUGCGUGUGCCGCUCGGGUUUCCAGGGCCCCCGCUGUGAGGAGGUGGCUCCCGAGCAGGUGUACAUCCAAGACAGAGGGACCUUGAGGCGCGUCCAGCCGGGUAGCAACCCGUUCCAGAGAGACCAACCGCGGAGACGGCCUGCGGAAAGGCAAGCCGUCGAUAGCGCCAAGGUUCAAACCCCACGACCUGCAACCACCAAGCAGCCGGUCCACACUGUGACCCAAGUGAGACGGGGACCCCCUGACUCCUCCCCUCAGCUGACCGGGACCUCCCGUACUGUGAAGCGUUAUCCGUCAUCCUCUGGGCCUAUCACCUCCAACGCUCUACCCAACGGCAACGCCCACGGAAUCGAGCACAGGAACGGACACAGACACGGACAUGGCAACGUACACUUCAGGCCACCCGGUGACAAUCAGCUGCAUGGGCAAUUUAACAACGCGUUAUCACCAGCAGGGUCCAACCUCACCUCCAAUCUGGACCGCAUCAAGAUCGUGUUCACGCCCACGAUGUGCCGCAAGGUAUGCAGCGGUGGGCACUGCUAUAACAGCUGUGAGAAAGGGGACGUGACCACCGUCUACAGCGAGACGUCGCAGCAGCAGCAGCAGCAGCAACAACAAACGAAGACGACGGGAUUCAGACUCUUCUUUUGUCAGAUCCCUUGUCAUAACGGAGGCCGUUGCAUCGGCCGGGACCAAUGCUGGUGUCCAACCAACUCAACCGGGAAGUUUUGCCACUUGCCAGCUCAGACUCAUACCAAACCCACCACUCAUAAGGACUCUCGGAACUCAGGAGCAAAAUCACCCCUGCAAUCCACCUACACUCUACCGCUGUCCAAUCAACAACUGUCACUCCACCCAUCCUUGGUCAACGUCCACAUCCAGCACCCUCCAGAGGCCAAGGUCCGCAUCCACCAGGUGGCUCGUGUGCAGCCAGGUCAGAGGUUACCCACCACGGAGGGGGUCCACUCUGUCCAGCAGCGUUCUCAGCCCGGUAACGGCCACGAUCCAACUGUGGAGCACAGCAGGAGACACAACGGACACCACGUGGACCACGAAAGAUCACAUCAGAAUGGACACGUGGGAAGAUGCUUUCAGGAGACGGUUGAUGGACAGUGUGGCAAACCCCUGCCAGGCCUAACCAAACAGGAUGAUUGCUGUGGAAGCGUGGGGGCCUCCUGGGGUUUGAACAAGUGCCACAAGUGUCCAACUAAACCAGCGUAUGCGGUGAUUGCAAAUGGACAAGUGGAAUGUCCUGCAGGCUACAAAAGAAUGAACGUCACACACUGUCAAGAUAUCAAUGAGUGUCUACUGCCCGGAAUCUGUAAGAAUGCAGAAUGUCUCAACACCAAAGGAAGCUACAGAUGUACGUGCAAACCAGGCUAUAUGCUGGACCCGGCUAGAAGUCACUGUGUCUCGGAUAAGGCGGUUUCAGACCAGAGGGCGUUUUGCUACCGUUGGGUGACGGCAGGCGUAUGCUCGCUGCCCCUUUCUCAGCACAUCACCAAGCAGAUCUGCUGCUGCAGCGGCGUGGGCAAAGCCUGGGGUGACGGCUGUGAUCGAUGCCCCUUGCCUGGAUCUGAUCAUUUUAAGGAGAUCUGCCCGGCUGGUCACGGAUACACCUACUCCCGCUCUGAUGUGCAGAUCUCUCUCCGACAACUGGAGGACGAUGAUCUUCAGAGUACGGGAUUGUCUUGGGAAGAGCGGAACCCGACGUAUCCUCAGCCGCCGUCCUCCCAGCCAUCAGUGCAAAGGCCUGGCGGGGCUCAAUAUCCCGUGUACCCACAGACUCCACAGAUACCACAAUGGCCCGAGUACCCCGAGUCGCCCCAAUCAUCCCGGGAUCCCAUCAUGCCAGAGCAGCCCGUCCCGUCUCAUCCGUUCAUCCCAGCCAGAGAAACACCUCGACAGCCUGAAGAUGCGGAACUUCCAAGACCGCCAGCUGUUGUGACGGACUCACCAUUGAAAUAUCCAGAAGUUGCUCCAGACUCUGCAGGCAAGCCUGAUCCAAAGGAAACAAUUCCCACAGACGCAGGUUUUGACAAGUGCAUCACCACCCCUUCCAUAUGUGGCCAUGGGAAAUGUGUUUCUGUGCAGACCGGCUACACCUGUCAGUGUGAGCUCGGAUUCAAGCUCAGUGCUCUGCAGACCACCUGCAUUGAUGUAAAUGAGUGCGAGGAUGAUCCAUGUGAAGGGAAGGGCAGUUGUUCCAACAACUACGGCUCGUAUGCAUGCCAGUGCUACAGCGGCUACAGCCAGGUGAUCACACAGAACAGGAAGUUCUGCCAAGACAUUAAUGAGUGCAGCAUGCCCAACAAGUGUCACAAUGGCCAGUGUGUCAACACCGAAGGUUCUUUUACGUGUGAAUGCAACACUGGCUUUGUCAAAUCCUGGAGAGACCAGUGUGAAGACGUAGACGAGUGCCAAGAUCCCAGCUCCUGUCCCAGCGGUGCCUGCGUCAAUACUGUAGGCUCCUUCCAAUGCCAGGUCUGCAGCCCGGGCUUCAGGCCUAUCAGUGAUAGAUGUGCGGAUGUAAACGAGUGCUUGAACCAAAACAUAUGCGGCCGUGGAAGGUGUGUCAACACCGAAGGCUCCUAUAGGUGCAACUGUUUCCAUGGAUACAAACUCACAGUGGACAACGUAUGCCAAGAUGUGAAUGAGUGUUUGCUUCCGGGGGUCUGUCUCCAUGGACGUUGCGUCAAUCUAGAAGGAACCCACAGAUGCUCUUGUGGCCACGGUUACCAAGCCACCUCAGAUAGCAAAGCCUGCGAAGAUAUCGAUGAGUGUGCGGCGAAUAAGAAGUGUCCUGAAGGAAUCUGCGUCAACACUCCCGGUUCCUACACUUGCCAGAGCUGCGAUGCAGGGUUUCAACCGUCUGUAGACGGGCUGAGAUGUGAAGAUGUGGACGAGUGCGUUCAGGGUGACUGGUGUCUCGGCGGCGUGUGCGCCAACACGGCGGGGUCGUACACCUGCACCAGAUGCAAGGCUGGCUACAGAGUGUCUCAGGAUCGACGGAGGUGUGAAGAUAUUGACGAGUGCCAGUCCCUGUCAACGUGCGCCAAUGGAAUAUGUCUAAACUCCGAGGGUUCCUACACCUGUGAGAACUGCCCCACCGGGUACAGGGUGUCAUAUGACGGAGAACUCUGUGAAGACGUCGACGAAUGUACGCUGCCCACGACAUGCCCCCGGGGAACAUGCACAAACACAGAGGGUUCCUUCACAUGUGUCAGCUGUCAGCCCGGUUUCAGAAUCUCGUCGGAUGGACGGCGGUGUGAUGAUGUGGAUGAAUGCUUGGCAGCUAGCGACGUGUGCCCCGGCCAGCUGUGUUCAAACACCCUGGGAUCUUAUACCUGCAGGAGCUGUGGGGCCGGCAUGCAAGUGACCGAGGACGGUUACGGCUGCGAGGACAUGAACGAGUGCCAAACCCCAGGUGUUUGUCCUACGGGCGUUUGCACGAACACAGAGGGAUCCUUCUCCUGCAUGACCUGUGACCCCGGCUUCACUGUGGCACCCAAUGGUCUCUCCUGUGAAGAUACGAAUGAAUGUGAUGACGCGGGUCUUUGUGUGGGGGGGCGGUGCACCAACACCAUUGGAUCCUAUACUUGCACCUGCCCGGCCGGGCUGGAGUUGAUCGAUGGGACGUCCUGCAGAGAUAUCAACGAGUGUUUGAGCGUGGCGGGAAUAUGUGGGGAAGGAGAAUGUCUGAAUAGCGAAGGCUCCUACGUGUGCGUCUGCCCCGACGGGUAUGACACCCUAAAUGGGCGGACCGCCUGCCGAGAUGUUGACGAGUGCAGUAAAGAGAACGUGUGCGUCCGGGGCCAGUGCGUCAACACCGAUGGCUCCUUCAUAUGUUUAUGUGAAGCCGGCUUCAAGUACAGCGAGGACACUGCUGAUUGUGAAGACCUGAAUGAGUGCAAAGAGUUCGGAAGCUCGGUGUGUGGUACCUGGCGCUGCGAGAACACUAUCGGCUCCUACCGCUGCUUUAUGGGCUGCCAGCCCGGCCUUGAGGGAGAAGACGCCACAGACUGCGAUGUAGACGAGUGCCUCAACGAAACCAUCUGCGGGAGCCAUGGCUUUUGCGAGAACACCGACGGCUCCUACCGCUGCCAGUGCGAUCAAGGCUACACAAACCCACCCGGAGACCCCAGCAAAUGUGUCGACGUGAAUGAGUGCGAGAUGAGCCUGGCGCUGUGCGGGGGGGCCCUGUGUGAGAACUUCGACGGCAGCUUCCUGUGCAUCUGCCCCAGCGACAAUGAGGAAUUUGAUCCCAUCACCAGCCGGUGCCGCUCCCUGGCCGGUACCGACUCAAAAGCCUCGUCUCCUGCGGUCCCCGCAACCGAGGAGAGGAAGGAGUGUUACUACAACUUAAAUGAUGCAAAUUUCUGCGACAACGUCUUGUCUCGUAACGCCACCAAGCAGGAGUGCUGCUGCACCGUGGGGGCCGGCUGGGGCGACAACUGUGAGAUCCACGCUUGUCCCACUCCAGGAGGAGAUGACCAUCAGCAGUUGUGCCCUCAUGGCAGCGGUUCAAUUCCCCUGCCUGCUUCCUCUACUCAGAGUCUGGCCGAUCAGCGACUCUACAUCGAUGCAAAUGAGUGUGAAAUGUUUGGAUCAGACAUUUGUAAGAACGGACAAUGCGUCAAUCUCUUCUCCACUUAUACCUGCUACUGUCGCUCCGGAUUCUACUAUGACAACGUCAGGCUGGAGUGUGUUGAUUAUGACGAAUGUGAAUUUGUCAAUUCCUGCAUGGACGGAGUGUGCGUGAACACGGCGGGUUCUUUCAACUGUUUCUGCAGUCCGCCAUUAGUUCUGGACAGCUCCCGACGGCGUUGCAUCAGCGUCAACACGACAGAAGCAACGUUGGACUCCAACCCCAACGUGCACAUGGACAUCUGCUGGCAACGUCUGGAGGGGGACAACAUGUGUUCAGAACCCCUUCAGGGUCGUAGGACCACGUACACCGAAUGCUGCUGCCUGUAUGGAAUCGCCUGGAGUGGACAGUGUGCCUUCUGUCCACGGAGGGAUUCAGAGGACUAUGCAGUCAUGUGCAAUCUACCUCUGAGAGGAAGUUCGGACAGUUUACGGGAGCGACCGGGUUAUGAGUACGGCGUUGAUGUUCCCGAGGAUGCCGCCGAGUCUUUUGUUCCUCCUUACUGGGACAACUACGGCGGACCCGCUGGACCGUACGACAUCCCAGAAAACGACUACGGUAUUCGAGAAGCGCCUGCUCGAGUCCCGAUACAUCGACCCCGCGAGCACCAACCACGGCUACUGGACCCCCACUCAGAGCGCUAUGAGGGCUUUGAGGGUCUCCAAGCUGAAGAAUGCGGCAUCCUGAACGGCUGCGAGAACGGACGUUGCGUUCGUGUAAGGGAAGGCUACACCUGCGACUGCUUCGACGGAUACGAGCUGGAUCUCAACAAGAUGGCCUGCAUAGAUAUAAACGAGUGUGAGGACAUCAGCGACAAGGUGCCGUUGUGUCAAAACGGCCAGUGCACCAACACGGAAGGAUCCUACAAGUGCAACUGUUUGCCCGGCUUUGUGGCCUCCACCAAGCCCCACAAAUGCAUCCCAGCCAUCCCGGAGGCGGAGCUUAGAGUACCAGGAAACUGAGAUGAGAACUCAUUAGCGCUGAUUUUAUUAUUUUGUUGUUGUUUUUUUUUUUACCUGUUUCUUCAAAGUUGGCCUUCUUCCCUUUAACCCUUUAGAUGCACGAGUGACUGGACCCUACACUCUUCCAUAAGUGGCUCAAAAAUCACCCAUACUAGAAUCAAUGCAUUUUUAUGACAAUUUUGCUAUUUCGGUUAGGAAUAAUCACUUGUAUGAUAUUUAGUAUUAUAUUUAGGACCACACAAGAAUGAUUUCAUGUUAGAAAUAUCUUCAUUUUUCACUUUUUUCCAUCUUUGAAAAAGAUGGAUGUGAGGAUCAGUUGUGUGUUGCAUAAAGGUAAGUUAAAAAUGUGAACGACAUGAUAUCAAAAAUAUGAUUUUUGAGGAAUACCUGGAAUAUGAAAUGAUAAAAAAUUUUCAUUACGAAGAUAUUUCAAGAAAACAACCUGACCGGGUCAUUUUUGACCCACUUAUGGAAGGUUGGGGUAGUAACACAAAAACUAAAAUUUCUUAAAAUGUAUAAAAGAUAAGUUAAAAAUGUGAAUGGCAUGAUAUCAAAACCAUAUUUUUUGAGGAAUACCUGGAAUAUGAAAUUAUAACAAUUUUUCAUUAUGAAGAUAUUUCAAGAAAACAACCUGACCGGGUCAUUUUUACCCACUUAUGGAAGGUUGGGGUUGUAACACAAAAACUAAAAUUUCUUAAAAUGUAUAAAACAUAAGUUAAAAAUGUAAAUGGCAUGAUAUCAAAAACAUGUUUUUUGAGGAAUACCUGGAAUAUGAAAUAAUAAAAAAAAAUUCAAUACCAAGAUAUUUCAAGAAAACAACAUGAAAGGUUGGGGUAGUAACACAAAAAUUAAAAUUUCUUAAAAUGUAUAAAAGAUAAGUUAAAAAUGUGAAUGGCAUGAUAUCAAAAACAUGUUUUUUGAGGAAUACCUGGAAUAUGAAAUAAUAAAAAAAAAAUUAUUACGAAGAUAUUUCAAGAAAACAACAUGGAAGGUUGGGGUAGUAACACAAAAACUAAAAUUUCUUAAAAUUUAUAAAAAGGUAAGUUAAAAAUGUGAACGGUAUGAUCGCAAAAACAUGUUUUUUGAGGACUACCUGGAAUAUGAAAUGAUAAAAAAAUUUAAUUACAAAGAUAUUUCAAGAAAACAACAUGGAAGGUUGGGGUAGUAACACAAAAACUAAAAUUUCUUAAAAUGUAUAAAAGAUAAUUAAAAAAAUGUAAAUGGCAUUAUAUCAAAAACAUGUUUUUUGAGGAAUACCUGGAAUAUGAAAUAAUAAAAAAAAUUAAUUACAAAGAUAUUUCAAGAAAACAACAUGGAAGGUUGGGGUAGUAACACAAAAACUAAAAUUUCUUAAAAUUUAUAAAAAAGGUAAGUUAAAAAUGUGAACGGUAUGAUCGCAAAAACAUGUUUUUUGAGGACUACCUGGAAUAUGAAAUGAUAAAAAAAUUUAAUUACAAAGAUAUUUGAAGAAAACAACAUGGAAGGUUGGGGUAGUAACACAAAAACUAAAAUUUCUUAAAAUGUAUAAAAGAUAAGUUAAAAAUGUGAGCGGCAUGAUAUCAAAAACAUGUUUUUGAGGAAUACCCAUUUUUGACCCACUUAUGCAUCUACGGGUUAAAGGCCUGGCACUAAACCUGCAACAAUAACCCUGAAACGUCCAGAACAGAACACGCUAAUUACCCAUCAUACACCUGUAAGAGGAGUCAAUAGAUCGGGUUGACCUUUUCAAUCACUAACCCUCUUGGUAAUUUCAUCAUUCUCCAUUUAAGUUUCUUUCUUUUUGUGUUAUUUAUUUCAAAUCUAUUUCUUCCUGUAUUUUUCUUCAUGUGACGGCCACAAGUACAGAAAAGUACUCGGAAUUCCCACACUCAAAUGCACCACUUUCAGCACCGAACCCCUUUUUGCCCCUUCCCAAAGUCAUUCAAAAUCAAUUUUAUUCAGCAUUAAAAUCCUUAGAACAGCAAUGUGUUGAAUGUGCGGACCAAGAGCUGUGACAACAACAAUGAAUACAACCAAACUUUUCAAAAUAAAGGCUUCAGCGGCGACCUUUAAAGACUGUAGAUGUAUAUGAGGAUCUGAUUAUGUCAUGUUUUUUUUUUUAAUGUAAAGGUGCAAUACUUGCCACUUUUUCCUAAAAAUAAAAAAUAAAAAAAUUAACAGUAUUAACUUAUUUUAUUUUGUCGACAAAGUAACAACGUGUGUUGUUACAUUUUAAUGUCUAAAAUAACACAAAUAUCACUGCUUUAUGUACACUUCUUAAUCAAAUGAUUGAUUCCCGUGAGUGCAAGAAAAAAGGCUCCGCUGGAGAGGUUUGGUAUAUUUUGUACAGCUCUAGUACUAUGUAUUUUUUUUUUUUGUUAAAUAUCAUUUUAAUACAUCAUACAUAGCACAACCAUUAUUUUUGUUUGACAUAAAAUAUGCAAAAUAUGAUAAAAAAAAAUGACAUAAUAGCUUUGUAGAUUUAUAUGUGUCUGUAAAAAAUAUUUUUUAAAACAAAUUUUUUUAUGUGUAAGAAAAGCGGCUGACACUGUACCAGAGGAACUGCGUGUAUAACCUGCCCUGUGGAGCAGAAUAUGAAAUAUAUUUUUUUUUGUUUGGGGUGGAAAAGUGGCAGCACUGUUCUAAUCUAAUGGCGGACAUGUUUCAUUUUAUUACCGAAGUUCUGUAUAUUACAAAGAUUAUUCAUUGGCAUGAUUUAAUAAUUUCUUUAAAUGAGAAAACAUGGCAAACACACAAUUAUGACAGCAGAACACUAGUCUUAAUUUAACCCAAUUUAUCAACUAUAAAAACCUACACUGUAGUUUAACUGUGCUGCUCUAAUUAUCACCUGAACCAGACAGGAAGUCCAACAUUUGGGCCAAAGUAGGAACAGUCUAUGCCCUAUAAAAAAAAAAACCCCAAAUGACUUAAUGAUAAUGUUUUGUUGUAAUGAUGUGGUCAUUGGAAAAUAUCAUUUUGUUUACCUCUUGACUGUAAUCACUGUCAGUCAUUCAAA